UAGCUAGACCACUUCUUCAGACAAAGACCUUGCACUUCAGGUAUGCACACUCACCUGAAAAAUUUGCCAUUUUCUUUUUUCAGUACUGAAACAUUAUAUUGAUAACCUUGAAUUAACUUUGAUUUCCAAUUCUUAUGCAUGUCGUUGUAUAUCAGUUUUGAUCUCUCCCUAUCAAAAGUUCUUUUUAGUUGUUAAAAGAUGUCUUUGUGUCCAAAUGGAGUUAAUUAGCUAACAUUUUUUUAAAAAAAAAAAAAAAAAUUAAAAUAUAUUAGGCGUUCUUGGGCAGAUGGGACAGAAUGGUGCAGGAAGUAAUAAUUCAAAUGAUGUCAAAGAUGAAAGCAGAAGGCAAUUAGUGAUUGAUAUACCAGACAACUUAGAGGAUUUACUAUCGCAGCCAGCUUUAUGGCCGGAAAUUUGUAUCUACAGAGUUCCAAGAAAACUUCGAGCUAUAAGUCCGUCAGCCUACACUCCUCAAAUGAUUUCCAUAGGCCCUUUUCACCACAAUGAAAAAUCGUUGAAACCUAUGGAGAAGCACAAACUGAGAUAUUUGGCAGAAUUCUGCAGAAGGACUGGUAAGAAUUGGGCUGAUCUUGCUGAGAAAAUUAUAGAAUGGGAAGAAAAAAUCCGUCACUGUUAUGACCAAACAUUUGAGUCGUAUGAAAGCAACAUGUUUGUAAAAAUGAUUCUAUUGGAUUCUGUGUUCAUUAUCGAAUUUUUCUUGAGAAGAGGAGAGAAUUUUAUUUCGACAGAAAAAUAUAAAGCUGAUUAUAUGUUAGGCAAACCAUCGCGCGAACAUGGCAUAUUAGAAGAUUUGAUAUUGCUUGAAAAUCAGCUCCCUUAUUUUGUGCUUGAGGAUUUAUAUGAAUUUGCUACUGGAAAUUCUGGUUUUCUUUCUCUCGUGUCCUCCAACUUAUUGGAUUACCUGCUUCCUCCAAGAAUUGAUGAUGACGAUCAUAAAAAGAAUAGAUCUUGCGAUUGCUUCUCCAUUUUUUAUGGGUUUUGGAUUUCGAAUAGGUUCUGCUGUCAAAAAGAGCACAAAGACGAUGAGAGUACAAGCGUAGAAGGAAAAGAAAUUGAGGAGAAACCUAAGCACUUGACUGAUUUGGUUAGAAGAUCAAGAUCCUACAAACAUCCAGUGUCAAAGAAUGAUGCUUGUAUUGAAAGUCUUUAUAGUGCUACAAAGUUAAAUGAGGCAGGAGUCAAGUUUAAGGUGGAUAAAAAGGCGUGGCCUCUUGAUAUAAAAUUUGAGAGGGGAGAAUUGAAAAUGCCAAGAUUUGAAGUUCACGAUGGCACAGAACGAUUGAUAAGAAAUCUGAUGGCUUUUGAGCAGUGUCACUAUCCAAAUGAUCCUUACAUAUGUGACUAUAUAUUGAUAUUAGAUUUUCUAGUAGAUACUGAGAAAGAUGUGGAAUUGCUUAUUCAAAAUGGUAUUAUCACUAAUUUGUUAGGGGAGUGCAAAUCAGUGGCUAAGAUGGUGAAUAAGCUUUGUCUUGAAAUUACAACAUCUGGGUCUUGCUUCUAUGGAGUAAGUGUGGAUCUUAAUAAACAUUAUGAGAAUCCUUGGUUUAAGACUGUGGCUAUCAUGAGAAGUGUAUAUUUUAGCGAUCUCUGGAGAGGGACUGGAACUAUUGCAGCAGUUAUACUUCUAUUUCUCACUUUUAUACAAUCUGUCUACUCUCUCAGUCGUAUAUUUUAAGUUCAGUAUACUUAUGUUGUUGUAGUGAUGUUCUUAUUAUAUGUUGUUGUGGUAAUGUUAUUAUGUUUUAAUGUUCUUAUUAUAUUAUAUGUUACUU